GUCGCGCCGGCGCCUCAUGGUGACGUCGCCGUUGCAUAGCGAUGAGGCAUUAGCGCUUCCGGGGUGUGGGGCAGGGCGGCGGGGGGAGUUUCCCCGAUGGGGUUGUUGUCCUGACUCCCUCGCAAGGCCCGAAGCGAUGGGAAGCGGCAGGGGCGGCCGCCGCCAGCAACGCUCACGCCGCCGCCUCCGCUCCUCCGACCGCUCCUCGCCGCUGUAAUGGCGACCUUCACUACGACCAGCAACGAAGCCGCUGCUGCCGCAGGCGCGCUGCCGCCGGAAGGUCUCGGAGCCGAGCCGGUGCUGGACGAGUUCACGGCCCCGGCGGAGAAGAGCGGCUCCCUGGAGCGGAGCCGCGCCAGCAUCGAGCGCCUGUUCCGGGUCCGCCUGGCCAUCCUGGGGUCGCUGAGCAGCGGCGGUUGGGCCGCUCUAGAUCUCGGGCAGCAGCAAAGCGCCGCCGCCGGGCGCAGGAUCUGGCUGAGCCUCCGAGGCCAGCGGGAGGACGUUCGGGCCGCCAAGGUAUGUUGGGGGGGAUGUUAAUCUCUUAUUUGUUUUAAUGCAUUCAUACCUUAUCAUCUCUCCAAAGCAGUUCAAGAUAGCUUAUCCAUUGUUCGUUAGUUUGUUUAUUUCCUUUAUUGCCUUUACAGACCACCUUUUUCUACUCCCAAGGAGCUCAGUUGUUUUUCUCCCCCCCCUCUAAUCCCCAUAGCAACAACCCCGGGAGGUAGGUUAGGCUGAGAGGAAGUGACCGUGUCCCCAAGUCACCCAGUGAGCUUCAUGGCCCAGUCGUGGGGUUUGAAUCCUGGUCUCUUCCAGGCUUCUGCCUGACACACCACUGCACCUCCUGCUCUUUGUCCUCACCACAACCCUGUGAGGUUGUAGAAGCAGAGGACAUCCAGUGCAGAUGAAUGUCGGAGGGUUCAGGGCAGAUGAAAUAAAGGGCUUCUUCACGCAGCGCAUAGUAGUAGGCAGGCAAGGGAGGGUGUAUGUGUAUUUAAAUUUUACAUGAAUAUCCCACCUUUCCUCCAAGGAGCUAAAGGUGGCAAAUACACUUUACUUCCUCCCCAAUAAUCCUGUGAGUUAGGUUGGGCUGAGAGUGAGUGACUCGCAGGAGGUCACUUAGUGAGAGCUUCAUAACUGAGUGGGAAAAUUGGCCUCCCAGCUCUUAGUCCAGCACUGCACCACAACUCCUCUGGACGGCUUCUGUUUUAAUAAGGCUGUGAUAUAUUUGUGUAUAUAGGGAAAUGAUUUUGAUUCAGUGGCAGAACAUUUGCCUUCAUGUAAAAGCUCCCAUCUUCAAACCCUUCCAUCACAAAGCAGGGGUGGGAAAGACCUCCAAUUGAAACCGUGGUACUAACAGUCAGGGUUGACAAUACAGAACCAGAUGGAUGAAUGAUCUGCCUCAGUAUAAGGCAGCUUCCUGUAUUUGUGUAUUUGUAUAUAGCUGAGGUGGGGAGGCUGUAGCCUUGUUGCACUACAGCUCCCACAAUCCCUGGCUGUUGUCCGUGUUGACUAGGCUGAUGGGAGUUGGGGUCCAACAACAUAAGGACAGUCACAGGCUCCCCCGUCCUUGGUAUAUUGUGUGUAAAAUAGAGAGAGAAAGCCCAAGUCAUGCUGGGUAAGAUCAAAUGUCUCUCUAGUCCAGUAUUCCCCGCCUUGUCUCUGAGAAGCCUACAAGCAGGACUUAUGACCUUCUGCGGGCAAAGCAGAUGGUGUACCACUGAGCUACAUCCCUUCUCCUUAUAGAUGAAGGCAGGAACCCUUUCCUGUUGUUGCUCCCCAGCAAUUGAUAUUGUUAUGGCACCAUGUGUGCAAAUGGUUCUUUUUAAAAAAAACCCGGAUAUGACAGCUUCCUCUCUGAGGGCUUAAAAUCUAAACUAUACACAGGGAAUGGAGGAUAGGGAGGAAUGAAGGCUGGGGAAGAUUGUGAUAUUUCAACAGCAUGUGCGUUGGCUUGGUUACAUUAAGGUAUAGUAUAGGGGGAUGAUCCAAAAGUUUCCUGGAAAAAAAUAGAGACAUUAUGAUAUCUGAACCUGGAGGCUACACAUAGCCAUUUUGACUAGUAGUUGUUGAUAGCCUUACUGUGUGUGUGUGUGUGUGUGUGUGUGUGUGUAUGAUGUAACACCUGUUAUUAUAUCAUAGCAUUAAAGCAACCAAACAGCUCUGCUAACAAGUAGGUUAUGAUCCCAGUGCAGGCAUAGGCAAACUCAGCCUUCCAGAUGUUUUGGGACUACAACUCCUAUCAUCCCUGACCACUGGACCUGUUAGCUAGGGAUGAUGGGAUUUGUAGUCCCAAAACAUCUGGAGGGCCAAGUUUGCCUAUGCCUGUCCUAGUGGGAUACUAUCUUACACUGGUUUACAAUAUAUGAAAGUAAGGUUUAACAAGCCAAUUUUCAUUGGGUCAUUCAUUUCCUUUCAUGUAGCACCCACAUACACGUUCAGAUCUGUUCUGUCUGUGCACACACAAAUAAUAGAAUUUAGUGUGUAUAUUACUCAUUUUGAGUCCAUGAGAUAGGGUGGGGUGUAAAUGAGUUUCCUUCUUCCUCAUUCAAGUAUGUGUGUGCAUACGUGCUUGCACAUAUAGACAUGCGGAAAAGGGAUUUAUAGAACACCCUAUCCUAAGGGUGAGCUGUAUAUAUUUUACACCUGACAAGAGAAUGGUUUUUGCCCACCCUUACCAUAAGGGCUCAAGGAGGUUAAUAGCUUCAGGUACAAUAGAACCUGAUUAUAACUCAGUGGCCUUAAGGCCUUGAGAUAGAGUAUUUCUCUUGUGUACAAUGUAUGUCAACAAAAUGCACAUGCAUCUUAUUGUGUGUAUCUAAAAAUACAGGCAACAAUUGUUUUAUGUUUAUCCAAUCUGCGUGGCGACGGGGCCAACUGAUGCAUGCUCCGCUGACACGCAAGGGGGUCAGGAGCAUGAUCCCCACACAAAACGAGGCUCUUUAGUUAAGGCAAACUAUAUGUAUUUGAGUGUGUAGAAAAUAAGCACAAGAGGGAUAUAUUUGCUUUAUAGCAUGCCUUAUUCUGAGGGCUCAGGGUGAGUUAGAGCCACUCAACAAGUGUGAGAAGCCUGCUGUUUCAGGAUUAGCUGUUGCUAUGUAAAAUUUUGUAAUGGACAAAGGUCAUGAAUCUGCCUUGGCAGCAUCCCAUCAAUUUUAACAAUUUUUAAAUGUUAACACUCAGUUGGCACCAUGUUAACUUAUCUUAUGGAGAGCCAGUGUGGUGUUGUGGUUAAGAGCGGUAGUCUUGUAAUCUGGUGAACCGGGUUCAGUCUCCGCUCCUCCACAUGCAGCUGCUGGGUGACCUUGGGCCAGUCACACUUCUCUGAAGUCUCUCGGCCCCACUCACCUCACAGAGUGUUUGUUGUGGGGGAGGAAGGGAAAGGAGAAUGUUAGCCGCUUUGAGACUCCUUCGGGUAGUGAUAAAGUGGUAUAUCAAAUCCAAACUCUUCUAUCUCCUUUUCUGGGGUCCUCAACAGCAUGAUCUACAAAUGCAGCUCCUGCCACCUGAACUAAAGCUUGCUGUAGUGGGAGUUGCUUUCAGGGGAACUGCAAAGCCUUCUCUAUUGUAAUCUUCAAAAUCAGCAAAAGACUCUUUUCUUCUGCUGGACUUUUUGAGAUUUAUAAGGUUGCCCUCAACCAGGACUGUAUCCCUCUGGGCAUAUGAUGUGCUGAUACUAGCAAGACGCUGACCAUCAAUCUGGGGACUCAGUGUACGUUUCUUGAUACCUGUUUGUACUUCUCAGUUACACAAAUAUUUGAGUAUACUGUGUAGAGGGAGGAGGAAGAGAUUUCUAAAAAAAAAUGCAGUGGAACAGGAGCCUGAGCUGGUGGCUGGCCAGCAAGUACUUAGGGUGCCACUAUCACAAAAAAAAUAAGCAUGUGGGUGACAGAUGGAAGGAGAGAAACAUGUGGCCUUGAUGGUGCUGCCCUUCAGCAGUAUUGCAUACUCAUUUCUAGUUCCACAAUUAACUGGCAAAUCCUGGCCCAUUACGAAUUUCCAAAGACAUGGGGCCAGCACUUGCCAAUUAGUUGUAGAACCUUGUUAAUAGCAAUUUGUGGGUUGUGGAAAUGGUGCCAGCCCAAUAAGAAAAGAGAGAACUGCCAACACACAGUGCCCAAAAUGAAGGAGGCGAGGGAGACAGGAAAAGCUUUGGAGUGAUUGCCAGUUGUUAGGUUGGAGGGGCUUGAAAUUUGGGCCACCCAUCGGUUUGCAAAAUUGUUAUAUGUUUUUAUGCAUGGAAUAAGAUUUUUUUUUUGCUUCAGCCAAAUAAAAGAUUUUCCUUAAAUGGUACUGUUCUUGAAUGUAUGGAAGAGAUAUACUUAUAUAUCCCUUAAAAAAACAAAAGAAUUAUAGAGAAGCCGCUUAGUGCUUUAUAUAGGGGACAUACUUGGCCAUACAUCCUUAUGAGUGUGUCUUGCUUUCCUAUCAGGCAAGUACCGUAUUUUUCGCCCUAUAGGAUGCACUUUUUCCCCUCCAAAAAUGAAGGGGAAAUGUGUGUGCGUCCUAUGGGGCGAAUGCAGGCUUUCGCUGAAGCCUGGAGAGCGAGAGGGGUUGGUGUGCACCGACCCCUCUCGCUCUCCAGGCUUCGCGCAGCUCUCCACAAGCUGUGGGAGCCCGCGCCGGGCUUCCGGAGACUUCACGCAGCUCUCCGCAAAGCGCGGGAGCCUGGCGCUGGGCUCCUGCGGCUUGCGGAGAGUUGCCUGUUCUGGGGGCUGGGGUCGGGGGAAGCCCCCGCCAAAAAAACCCAUUCGUGUUUGCCUUUGGGAUCAGGUUUUGACAGUUGUUAGACCCCUGGUUUGCCUAAGAGCCUAAGCAUUUGGCAUACAAAGCAUUAUAAAAAUAGUUGCAUGUACCCUGAAAUGGGAAUCUGUUUCCCUAAACAGCAGUUUUCUCCACACACACACACCCCUCUACCACUCAGCAUAGGCACAAAGCAUAGACAAGCAUAGUCAGUAGUCAAGAACAGCAGGUGUCUAAGUCAUCUGGAGGGCUCUAGGUUGCUAAAGGUUGUUCUGCACUGACUCCAGUGGCUUCCUGGGGUUUCAGGCAGGUAAUUGAACCUGGGCUUUCUGCAUGCAAAAUCACUGAACUACAAUCCUUCUACCUACCAAAAAUAAGGUGACAUGAAUAUUUCUCCCCUUCCUUGUGUCAAGUGAGGAUUAAAAAAUACUUUUUGACAUAGAAUUGUGUGUUUUAUUGUUCAGAUGGAGGGACAGGGAGGCAGGUAGACCCCAUAAGUUUGAAUUUAUAAUCCUCAGGCCUGGCUACAUAACUGUCCAUUCUUAGUUUGGAAAUACUUUUCCAGCCCUGGACCAAAGUGUGAGAAUUGCUUUGCUACCACAGAGUUAAGCAAUUCUCUUUCAGUGUGGGCUAUUGUAAUGUCUCUAGAUUGUGGGAAAUAGGAAAGGUGAUCAGCCCACAAAGUUAUGACAUGGCUAAACCACAAAUAAGUUUUACACAGGAUAUAUUUAUAGUCACAUGCAACUUCUUUCAAAACCCACAGAAUGACACUUGCUUUACUCCUUAAAAAUAUUCAAUGUGUCUGAGGCUUGUGCUGUUUUUGCCAAUUACAGCUGUACCUUGGAAGUCGAACGGAAUCCGUUCCGGAAGUCCGUUCGACUUCCAAAACGUUUGAAAACCAAAGAGCGGCUUCUGAUUGGCUGCAGGAAACUUCUGCAGUCAAUCGGAAGCCGUGCAAGCCCCAUUGAACAUUCGGCUUCCAAAAAUAGUUUGCAAACCAGAACAGUUACUUCUGGGUUUGCGGUGUUCAGGAGCCAAAACAUUCAAGAACUAAGCUGUUCAAAAACCAAGAUACGACUGUAUGUAAGUUUGAGUUCAAACCCAGGCUCAUUCUAGAUCAGCAGAAGAGCUGCUCAGAUCUUCAGGAAGGGGCCCUUUCACACAUUAAGGAGAGGCAAACACAGGAAUGCCACAGAAAUAUACCUUAAUGUGUUGAUAAGCAUAGCUGUGUAGUACAAAUUUACAAGCAGUUUUUCAUGCUUACACUUUACACGGUUAGUUUGUAAAUCAACAUAAAUGUGUUACAGGAAAUGGCCUUAAGACUGGAUUGGGGAGAGAUUCACUGCAUGUUCAAAGGAAUUUUUGCUCAUGUGUAGGUUGUUCUGUGGUAAUAUGAAAAAUUCUAAAGAGUUAGGUUAUUGGAUGGUUUGUUUCAAAAUAUCUCUACCCUGCCUUUCUGAAUUCAGCCCCCACGGUAGCUUACAAGACAAAACACUUAGACAAUAAAAUCCUCAUUAGCAAUAUUAAAACAUAAAACUGAUAACUAAAUAGCACCAUUAGAAGAGGUAACAAUAAAAUCAAAUGCAAUGGAAAAUAAGUUGGUUUUAAUUAUGUUAACCCCACACUCAAGCUAAUAAGGCACGCAGAACAGCAUACAUAAUGUUUUGGAUCACUAACCUUUUGAGACCCAUGGGUACAUUUGGCAUUUUGAGCGACUGCUGUGAUAGCUUCUCCCAUCCCCACUCGAAUGAAUAUAUAAAUUAUUUGUGUUUCCAUGGAGGUUGGGUAAAAGCUGGAUCCAGUAGAAUUAAAACAUUUUCACUUGAAUAUGCAUGAUUUUACACAGGGCCCUCACCACCAUCAAAUUAAAACUCACAUUAGUAGACUACACUGUAAAAAAAAACCCACAGAUUCACUGCUUGCUAGCACCACUACAACAUGGAUCAUCAUGGUUUUUAGAGAAGAUGACAACAAACCAAUGGCAAACUAAAAAAUGCAUAUAUAAACACAGAGGUGACCUGUGGUUUGAGAGAAUUCCUUGUAAAAUUAUGAGGAAGCACCAUGACAGAACUGAAAAGAACUGGAUCUGUCACUUUUAUGGUUCAGUUAAUGAGAUCUGUGAUUUGGAGUGGAGUGAGGGGACUGUGAAAAAAUGAUGUAAUUUCAAUAUAAUCUGUUUUACUAGAUCUGGAUUCACCCCCUCCUUUCUCUCCGAGUCACAUUUCUUUCUCUCCGGCACUAUGUUAUUAUUCUUGCACUCUCCCUUUUGAAUCCAGCAAGCAUUCCACUCCUCCCUGAUUAUUCCCUUUUUCCUUCAGCUCCUAUUUCCCUCUUAUCCUUUCAAUCAAUCCCCUUUCUGCUCAAUUUCUCAGGUGCCUAUCUGAGCCUUGAGAAGCACACAGAGCUAAAAGAGGAAGUGGCAAAUAGUAUUGCUUACCCUACUUCCUCUGGCACCUUUUUGUGCUUUGAAGGAAAGGCGCCUUGCCACCUCAUCAUAAAGAGGCUGGUGAAUGCAGCAGGCACUGAGGUUUUGUGGGCACCAGGAAAGUACUCGAGGAUGCAUGGUGCCCGCAGGCACCAUUUGGCAAUCCCAACCUAAGGUAAACUAAGAGCAGUGGCAUACAUUUAAGAGCAGUAAAACUUGUGUGUGGUAUUUAAAUAGCCCAUCUGAAGAGGUGGAGGUGCUGACAGUUGCCUUGCUGGCGGCUCCUCCUUAUGUUCACAGGGAAGUUGGUUGUAAUGGUGUCUGUGACAGAAGGGAGAUGGUGGAGCAGCAGCUGUGAAGAUGGCCAUGACAGUCUCCCUGACAUAUUUUGCUCACAGGGUGGUUAGGUUUAGUUGGCACAGUUGAAUAUAGUUAGGAAGGUUAUUUACAGGGUAUUCUGAAAAUGAGAUAUUGUUGCAAAAAAAGGGUCCUCUUUCUAUCCAUAUGCACCAACCUAGUACCCAAAGGCAGAGGCACUAGAGCACUCAGACGAAUUAAGUUUUAAGCCCAACAGAUUCAUGCAAGGAUACUGUCCUUCAGAUACCUCAGCCACUUAAAACUUUAUACAGCCGUACCUUGGAAGUCAAACGGAAGCCGUUCCGGGAGUCCGUUAAAUUUCCAAAAUGUUUGAAAACCAAAGCGCAGUUGCAGAAGCCCCAUCAGACGUUCUGCUUCCAAAAGAACAUUCGAAAACCAGAACAGUCACUUCCGGGUUUUGAUCGUUCAGGAGCCAGAACGUUCAAGAACUAGGCUGUUCAACUUCCAAGGUAUGACUGUAUGUUUAAAAAGCAGCUUUCUGAAUUGCAUCCAGAAAUGAAUUGGGGGCUUGUGAAAGAUCCUGAAAUGCCAGCAUAUCAUGAUCAUCUGGCAAAAACUCAUUUAUGACCUCACCACAGCAUUCUGAACCAAACAAAGUUUCUGACUAGACAGUCAUCAAAUACAGUUGUUUGUAUGAUGCAUUGCAGUGACACGCACAUUUCUGUGUGCAAGUUACCUUACAGUAAAACACGCAUUUCUGGUUUUCCUUCUCAGUACUCUCUAGGCACAAGAACAGCAAUGCAAAAGAGCACGGGAUCUUUUCUUUUUGCCUCAAGCAGUUGCCCAAUUGUGGGUUUAUUACUAAGAAAUAUACCAUGCUAUUUUUUUUAAGGGGUAAAACCAUAAUGUUGCAAUUUGUAUUGUUUCCGUUGUUUAUAAGUAACCUCUUCAAAGGUGUUAAAAUUUGUGUUGGGGAUAUUAGUAUGAGAAGUACAGGUUAGGUCCUUUAAAAGAUGCCCUGUGGAUACAGAGUACAGUGGACGCUCGGGUUGCGAACGUGAUCCGUGCGGCAUGCACGUUCGCAACCUUCAGUGUGCGCAACUGCCGAAACCCGGAAGUAACGCGUUCCAGUACUUCCGGGUUUCAGCAGUCCAUAACCCAAAAAAACCACAACCUGAAGCAUGUGUAACCCGAGGUAUGACUGUACACAUGUUCCAUGAAGCCUCUUUUAAAAGACUCACCCUGUACAACUCUGUCUGAAUGCAGUACAAUACAAUACAAUACAAUACAAUACAAUACAAUACAAUACAGUAGUAUGUGCUCAUGAUUUGAAUAUAUGCUGCUGGACUUUAUUUCUGGAGUUUAUAUUAAACUUUUUGUUCUCAUAAUCUGAAAUAUACUGUUAUGUUGAAAUGGUACUAGGGCAUGCUUGUCUUCUUCUUCUCUCUCGCUCUCCUAGGACCCAUAGUUGCAAACUAGGGAUAGGUGUGACAAGGAGAAAAUGGCAUAUUUGGUAACAUGUCAUUGGACUUCUUUGGGAGAGGGAGGGAGAAUGAUUCUUACUUAGGCUUCUUCUAAACAUGUUCAUAUUUUAGAUUUAGGAAUUCUGUAGAGGCUGAGGGCCUUAGCUCAGUGGCAGAGCACAUGUUUUGCCAAGUUCAGUCCCUGGCAUCUACUGAUAGGACUGAAAAAGACUCCUAUUGGAAACUAUGGAAAGCCACAGUACUAGUGAGUAUUAACUACUAACAGACAGGCCUAUGGUUUGACUUGAUGUAAGGCAGCUUCCUAUGUUUCUGUUGGGUAGGGUAUGUGCUCUUGGAGAUUGCAUGUGCAAAGAAAGUUCGGUUCCUGAAUGGAAAUGCCCUUGGGUUUUUUGGUUGGUUUGUUUUAAUAAGUCUCUUGCACCUUCCUCAAUAAAGUGGUCACGGCAGGGCUGCUUUUUUAAGAAAGAGGAAAAGCUCUCUUGAAAAGUGGACAUAGAAUGAGAUCUUCCAUGGAAUACCUGUUUUCCACCUGUUUCAGGAAGGCCAAAAAGGUCAUGGGGGUUUCUCAAUGAGUAGUUCAUAUCUUGCAGGUUGUGUAAUGUUCUAAAAGAGUAAGUGAUUUCAGAGCUGAACAGCUGUAAAUUGGCGGGGAUGAGAUAUAUUCUUGGAGGAUAAGGCUAUCAGUAGCAAUGUAAAAUUUCCAAGAAUUUUGAAGGCUUGAUGGGAAUUGUUUUGUUUUUUUCAGGGGAGGGGGCAUGAAACUUUUGGAGGAAAUGGGAAAAUAUGCAAAACUUUUCUUUUUCAGCACACUUUACAAAUGGAAAGUCACUUUGUUACUUUCAGGAACUUAAAUGCAUAACUUGGUUUGCCAUAAAAUUAACUUGUUUACCAUUUGUCAUGCGUUUUGGGGGGGCUGGGGGUUAGACCAAAGUGUAGGAGUGGACCAUGAGAAAAUGUUAUUAACAGAGAUCUGUAAUGAUAUACAAGCUUCCGUAAAUACAACUUGUCUCGCAUUAUCAGUCUUUCCAUGCAGUGUGCAGCCUUGUACAGUUCUCAGAGUGUUCAAGGCCUUGCAAGUUCCCAAUGUGAACAAUGUGACCCAGAUUCCUCUGCAGUGUGUUUUGGUGUCUCUGCAGGUGCUUUAGUGUGAGAAGACUUCUACAGCAUCAAGGCACCAAGUUGCUGUGGUGCUGUAGUUCACUGUACCCUCCAGGGAGCUGGAGCACAGGUUUCAGAGAGUCUUGGAAAAUAGUUCAUGUUCUUCAGGCCCAGCAGUAGCUCCUGUGCAGAGCAAAAAGAUGGGGAAAUAACUGAACGUUCAUUGUGCCAGUAACAAAUUCUUAUUCACAAGACCCCAGCUGGCUCAUUGUGUAAUGUUGCUGUUCUUAAAUUGGUGGCAGAACUUGGCAGCGUCAUUGCUGUUGUUGAGCAGUUUCUGCUUUUCUGGCCCUUUUCUAUUUGCUGGUGGCGAAACAGGGUUGACCCAAAAUAAAGGCCCUUUUAAGGGUUCCAGUGUGGCCUAAGGCACCCCUGCAUCAUUUCGUAAAAAUGUGUAAACCCAUCCAUCUUCAGGGUCAGGAAGCUGGUGCAUAAUAAUAAGCAAGAGGGAAGGCCCUUGCAAGGCUGCUGUUGCAUGUCACGGUCAGGAAUUACCGUAUUUUUCACUCCAUAGGGCGCACCGGACCAUAGGGCGCACCUAGUUUUUAGGGGGGGGAAAUCAAGAAAAAAAAUCUUAUUUCCCCCCCAGCCUCAAAGAGCAGUGUACAGGCUGCGCGCAACCUCUCCCUGCCGGAGGGGUUGUGCACGGCUAUGUCACAAGCCAAGGCAGCCAGCGGGAUGGAUACCGCUUGCUGUUUUGGCUUCCUCUUUAGCCCCGCACAACCUCGCCUUGCCGGGAGAGGUUGCGCGAGGCUAAAGAAGCCAUAGCCCUGUGCAGCCUCUCCCUGCCGGAGGGGCUGCGCACGGCUAUCCCUGAAGCCUGGAGAGCGAGAGGGGUCGGUGCACACCGACGCCUCUCGCUCUCCAGGCUUCAGCGAAAGCAACGCGAAGGCUUUGGAGCACGGAGGGAGUGCUCCCUCUGCCCUUCGGAGGCUUACCAUUGCUGUCGCUGAAGCCAAGGAGCCUGCAUUCACUCCAUAGGAUGCACACAAAUUUCCCCUCAAUUUUUGGAGGGGAAAAAGUGCAUCCUAUAGAGCGAAAAAUAUGGUACAUGUGUACACAUUGGGACCCUGAAAUUCACCUGUUGGUGGGUGAUUAUAAUUAGGUUUGGAGGAAGUGCAUCCUUUGAGUUCAAUCCUCAUCUCUGACAGGCUUGUUCUAACCAAUGUGGUGAAGUUAACCUUAGAACAGGAGCUGUCAACCUUUUAGAUCCAGGACACACUUCCAGUUUCUGAAUUUCUGCUUGCCUACUUCAUUUUUUCUCCCUUUCUUAUCUUUAAAUAACAAAUAAAAUAAAAUGGUGGUGGUGCAUACGUGUAUAUAACCAGGAGGUGACUGCCAGUGAUUCCAGUAUAUUAGGUGACCCUUCAGAUCCUUGAUUGACAGAUUUGCUUUGAGUGAUGUUCAUGUCAAGGAGUGAGGGAAGUGAAUUGUGUUGCAAGUAGAUAUCUGAAUUAAAAGAUGCCAGUUUCUCUAAUUUUUCUUUCCUUUUUGUUGUAGGAAUAUAUUAAAGGAAUUUGUGAACCUGAAUUAGAAGAGAGGGAGCAUUAUCCCAAAGACAUGCACUGUAUUUUUGUAGGAGCCCAGAGCCUCUUCUUGAACUGCCUUAUUCAGGGGACCUGUGCUGAUAUUACUGUUGUGGAGAUAGGGACCCUGAACAUUAAGGGUGGUGCUGAACCUGUUGUCAUGGCCAGAAGCCACGUUCAACAGUUUGUGAGUCUCUUCAGAAACAACACAAGUCUGCUGAACAGCAGAGAGUCAGAAGUGAAAAAACAGUUUAAACAACUUGUUGAAGCCCAUGCGGAUAAAUAUACAAUGGACUUGUUGAUCUUACCAAGCUCACUGAAGAGAGAACUACUUAGCCUUGCACAGAGCGAAAGCCAGAAAACAGAAGGUAAAAAUGUGGACCCUGCCAAUUUUGAUGGGACUCCAGAACUUCUUCCCAAUGAAAUACAGAAACGGUCUGCAAUGAACAAUGACUGCAGAACAGGUCAUGAGGAAGCAAGAAACAAUGCAGGUACCCCAGUCACUGAGUUAGCAAAGCAAAUGGACACUCUCUUCCCUGAUGCUCCAGAAAGACAUUUCUUACCUAUAAAUGGACUGAAUUCCUUAGAGACAUCUGCGUGCAAAGAGAGGCAGUCAUGUAAAAGGAGGUCAUCAGAUGCUGAGGAAAGGCUACCAAAGAAACAGUUUUCUUUAGAAAACAAUGUAGUAGUGGUUGAUCUGGUCACUGAUGAAAGCAGCGAGAUGGAUGGUCCGGGUUUGAACACUAAAGAAGGCGAUGAGAUAAGUGAGGAAAUGGAAUACAACAUUUUGGUGAACUUCUUCAAAAGCAUGGGCUACUCACAACAGAUUGUGGAGAAGGUGAUUGGAGACCUCGGACAGUUGGCUGAGCCUCUACUGCUUUUGGAAGAAAUUGAAAGAGAGAGCAAAAAGGUCCCUGAAGAGAAAGACCAGGUUGAUGACCUACAUUGGACUGCUGGGACUUGGGCAGAGAAAGAUAAAGGUAGCUCCAGCAGUAAAGGCCAGCAGGACCGUGGUCUGAAAUUAAAGCAGCCAAAGAAUGCAGAACAAAACAUGACCUCUGCUCCACGAGCACAGUGCAAAGUUGAAGGCAAACCGCAUAUAUCAAACAGUGAAAACCAGACUCCUCUUUCUGGAAGCCAAAAUCCACAAUACAAAGGCUGCAGUAAAGCAGUCUCAAACUAUUAUUAUGAACAGUCUCGUAUUUCCCAAACAAAUGAUAUAGAAAGUGACGGUCAUGUGAAUGCUUGUGAUAGUAUGCAAAGGGUAGUGAAAGGCAGGAAACCAAAAGAGCCCGGCUUGGUAGCAAGGGGUGGCUCGGAGACUCCACACCCACCAGUUGAGAAAGAAACUAUGGUUCUUCAGGCAUGUCCAGACCCCUCAUCUGCGAAGCAUGAUCAGCAUGGACGAUGUAAUCCUUUGCAGCUUGGAGCCAGGCAGUUCCCACCCCCAAAAACAAAUCAUCUCGUAGAGCAUCUGCAAAUGACUGCCCCUUCCUCAGAAAGGAGAAAAGGAGGGUCAUACAGUCAUCAUGCUGACCCUUCAGUCACUGGGAUUCAGAGGUUUAAAGAAUCUUUGAAAACACCAUACAAGUUGGAAUUGAAAAAUGAGCCAGGGAAAGACCACUUAAAGUACAUAGUAAUAGAUGGCAGCAAUGUUGCAAUUGCGUGAGUAUUGAUGACUGUUGGGUUUCAGUAGCAUUUCAGAGUGAAACCAGAUGUGGGAGGGGGGCCGAAUUACAAAAAAGUGCAUGUAUUUAGAGCCAGGGUGGGGUGGGGAAGCAGAUUUUACCAGGACUAGCAUAGCUUUUCAAUCAAGAUCCUUUAUUAGCCAUAGCAAACCACACAUUAUCAAACAGACACUGUAUACAAAUUGUGGAAAAAACGAACGCAUAGCUUUUCCUGGUGAGAGGUGUGGGAAAUUUAGAGCAGACUCUUUUCUCUCUCCUUUUGACAUGUUGGACCAUUUAAAUGUUCUGUAGCAAUGAAUAAUAUCCAGAUAUCUAAAGUAAAGAAAACCUAUUGUUUUGUACACCAAUAGUUACAUGAAGCUUGGCCAGUGAGAUGGCCAGACAUGAAUUUUUUAACCAGAAAAACAUUGGCAAUAUAACCAAAAGUUCCCGCAGCAUGUGCCAGUCUGGAGUAUCCUGUUUGAUUUCUGAGCAAGCCAGCUGUAGCACACUCUUAAGACAUGCACUUCAGUUGUCACUCGUGCUUUCUUUAUGGUGCUUGAGUUAUGUGUCCUCGGCCAGUUCUUUACCCUGUUUUGGACUUGCCUCUUUUCACAACCAUCAUGCGUGCUUAAGCUUCACUGAGGAAUAUACUGCAGGUUCAAAUCAUCCCACUUGUGUGAAUGAAAGCUACAUAACAAUUGAGAUUGUUCCUUGUGCUUCAUAUAUGUUAGCUUAAUCAUCCUUACAACAGCACUAGAAGGAAGGUCAUAAUUUUAUUAGUCACAGCUCAGGUGAGGGUGUGAGUAGGUUGCUGAAGCCACCCAGUAAGUUCACCUUUGAAACAAGAUUUGCGCUGGGGACUUCCAAGCAAACAGCUUACAUUCAUUGUUGCUAUGCUUCAUGGGCUCUGUCAUAUUUGUGAUACAUGUUCAUGUUUCUGAAGCUUUCUGAUUAACCUCUGAAAAGUCACCAUCUCUUAGCCUUACCUGCAUGAAAAGUUCCUUGUAGGAAGGGUGGAAUCCAGUAGCAGGGUAAAUAAAAAUUGUCAGACUAUUUGUCUUUUGUGAAAAGUGUGAAGAGGAAGGGUUAUUGGUAGCAUUCUAGACAUGGCUGGGAAAACCUGAAAUGUUUUGGAGCUGGAUUUCUUUUGGUUUUUUUACAUGUUACAUUUAUUUAAGGCCCCAUAUGAUAAGGGCUGUCUUACAAUUGAGAGCUCUUCUCCACAUUGCUGGCUUCAAGAUUUUGGGGGGACUUUGAGCAAGACACCUUCAAUUGCCAACUGUUAAACAAGACGAGGCAGAAAAUUCCCCCUCAGUGUUCCCACCUUUCUACCUGUCCUGUACAAAGUGAGGAUUGCUGUGUGAAUGAAAGAGUGGGCACUAUUGGUCUUGGGGCUUGGCAGAUAUCCUCUGCUGCUCUUAGGGCUCUUCGACCUUGAAUUGCUGAGUCUACUGUCAUUCGCUUGCAUUUCAUGACCUUGAGUUCUAGUUUUACAGGAGAGAAAGAAAAUACUGUCUCCACCUCAACACAUGCCAUCCUGUAGCAGCUUCUUUUGUAGUAUGGAGCCUUCUUUCCUCUUGCCUGUAGUAUUGAACUAAAGGCAUGAAGUAAAACUAAGCACUCCACCAAGCAAUGCCAACAAUAGUCUAGAAUAAUAAAUCAAGAUCAUGUACACACUUGUCCCUCCCUCUUAAAACUAGGGUUGUUACCCAGUUAAAGACAUAUUAAUUAGAUGGGUUUUAGUUGAUUGGUGGAUUCAAUUUCUGUUCAGCUAGUAAAAAAUAAUAAUUCUAAAACACAGUGCAUGUAUAGAUGAUGCAUGCAUGUGUCAAGGACACCACCUUAGAGCCAUUCCAUUUUGUUCAGUGGAAAUGUGGGAUUACUUCUUUUGUUUAUGGUUGGCAGUUUUUUAUAAGUACAGUACUUGUGUUAAAUAAUAUACGUUGUUGUUGUUUUUAAAGAGUCUUGUAGCACCCUAAAGACUAGCAAAUUGAUGAUGGUAUAAGCUUCCAUAUUAUCCUAGUUAUAUGAAUACAUGCAGAAGCUGCUACUUAACUAAUCGGGACACAUUCCUGGUCUAAUUUAAUCAGAAUAUUGCAGCACUUGUAAGACCUAAUUUUCUCUUCUACUGUAUGCCACUUUUCUGUAACUGACUUUAGAACAGGUUAUUGCAGGAUAGUUUUGUUUUGUUUGUAAAUCUUAGCAGUGGGGAUUUGCUUACCUACCAAAACACAGAAUGUAAAUAAUCUUUGGUUAACACUGGAGAGCCUCUUUUAGGUUCACUAUAACAGUUGCUCCAAAUUUUGACCCAAGCCAUUUGCUAUUGAAACAAAUAGAUGUUACACAACACCACACUUACUGUUGGGCAAACCUAUUUCUUUGGCACAAGGAAAUGAUGCAGCAGAAUUAUUAUCAUUUAUUGUAUUUAUAUCCCGCCCUUCCUCCCCAAGGAGCUCCUUUUUAACUGUAGGAUCCCUGCAUCAUCUUUCAGUGAAAUUACAGAGUUAAAAUUAAAACUAAGCCAUGCAGUAAUUCCAAAAUUAAGAACCUGUGAGCAUCUUAACAGAGAUCAGAUCUAGCCGCUAACUUGCAGCCCAAAAGCUUCCUGAGAGAAAGAGAGAGGUAUUGACUACUCCAGAAAACCACAACAGACCUUUUACAUCCAGACUAACAGGCAGGUAAUUUCAGAAGGAAGGUGUUACAUGAGUUCACUGUGACCUCACUAGAUGUCAACCUCACCCCUGAAGGCAGUGGCCUUCAGGGUGGAACUACCCAUUGCAUGAAUAUAUGUGUACAGUAACCAAAAAACCCCGCCCUGAUUGCUGACUUUCCUAGGGAAGGGAAAUUUUGAGUAGAGAAAUUCUGGGUGUACAUCCUGAAUCCUGUCCAUACCUUCGACUCCAAAUUGUUUUCCCAACUCAAGCUGCCUUUCCUCAUUCCAGAGAACUUCCAGAGACUUGUUUUUUCAUUCAUAGAAUCAUAGAGUUGGAAGAGACCACAAGGGCCAUCGAGUCCAACCCUCUGCCAAGCAGGAAACACCAUCAGAGCACUCCUGACAUAUGGUUGUCAAGCCUCUGCUUAAAGACCUCCAAAGAAGGAGACUCCACCACACUCCUUGGCAGCAAAUUCCACUGUCGAACAGCUCUUACUGUCAGGAAGUUCUUCCUAAUGUUUAGGUGGAAUCUUCUUUCUUGUAGUUUGGAUCCAUUGCUCCGUGUCCGCUUCUCUGGAGCAGCAGAAAACAACCUUUCUCCCUCCUCUAUGUGACAUCCUUUUAUAUAUUUGAACAUGGCUAUCAUAUCACCCCUUAACCUCCUCUUCUCCAGGCUAAACAUGCCCAGCUCCCUUAGCCGUUCCUCAUAAGGCAUCGUUUCCAGGCCUUUGACCAUUUUGGUUGCCCUCCUCUGGACACGUUCCAGUUUGUCAGUGUCCUUCUUGAACUGUGGUGCCCAGAACUGGACACAGUACUCCAGGUGAGGUCUGACCAGAGCAGAAUACAGUGGCACUAUUACUUCCCUUGAUCUAGAUGCUAUACUCCUAUUGAUGCAGCCCAGAAUUGCAUUGGCUUUUUUAGCUGCCACGUCACACUGUUGGCUCAUGUCAGGUUUGUGGUCAACCCAGACUCCUAGAUCCUUUUCACAUGUACUGCUCUCAAGCCAGGUGUCACCCAUCUUGUGUUUGUGCCUCUCAUUUUUUUUUGCCCAAGUGCAAUACUUUACAUUUCUCCCUGUUAAAAUUCAUCUUGUUUGUUUUGGCCCAGUUCUCUAAUCUGUCAAGGUCGUUUUGAAGUCCAGGGAUUCAUUUGGAGAGAACCAAGCAAAUGCUUGGAACACGAGAGAGAGGAGAAAUUAAGUACGCUAUUCCCCAGUUAUUUUUUUUUUCUUUUGCAAAUCCCUCUCCCAUUGAAAGAAAAACAUUUUCUGGGAGUUUUCUUCCUCUCUGAGAAGAAAUACAAAUCAUAUUCUUCUAAAUGAAUUUUCAAGUGGCAAGAGCCCAUUUCAGGCAUUCUACAUCCAAGUACAAUAAAUACACAUUGGAGACUAAUGUGUUGGCUCUGCCUCCCCAUUGGCUACUCUAAUUGCCCUUCACCAGGUGGAGGAUGAAGUUCUGAAGUGGGGAUUUCUCUGGCCUCUCAUUGAGAAGAGUAGGCUUUGCAUUUCAGAAGAUCACCCUCCAUCUCAUGGAAAGCACCUGGAACAGCAAUGCAGGGGAGCAAAGCUAGCACACUUGUCUCUGCUGCUCUGCUUUUGUGAUGAAGAUGAUGCUGUAGAUUUAUCCUACUGUAGGGGAAGCAGUGGUUUGGGUUUCGUUACACGUAUCAUCUAUGUUAGGCCUUUGGAUCAGGGCCUCUCUGGAUGAUCUCCACAUUAGGAAGAUGCCCAUAGUAUGCCUCAGGUCUGUAGUUAGAAACAUGCUGAGGAAGCCAGAGAGGGGAGGUAUUGUAGAACAGAUGAAACCUAAAUACAGGUAGCCCAAUAUGUUUAAAUCUGUAUUAAAUACCAAUAUAGACUAGAGUUUGUAAAAGGAAAAGGAAGGAAUCAAUACUUCCCUGUUAUUCCAAGGCCCUUGUAGUAAUCGGCUAGAACAAAUUUACUUGUUAGUGUGUAAUUGGGUAGACUUUUGCCUCCAUGUUUUCAGGACCAGAAAAGAGGUUUGGAGCCAUAGGGCUGUAUCUGAGAGCAGGGCCAGUGGCUUGGGUGGACAUGUCCUUCUGCCCAGCCAAUCAAACUGUCCACUGCCAGUGAUGUGGAGCUUCCCUUUCAGCCCACCAAAGAGGCAGGCAAAAGUGCUGGUGGUAGCCAGUGAAAGUGUUUGGAUGAAGAAAAGGCUGGUCUGGCCCAGGGUCUGUUGAAUAUGAUGCCAGUCACGCUACCAGUGCAUUGGGGCAUCAGGCCUGACUGCUAUGCCAGCUCCUGCUUGUAGCAGCAAUCAUCCUUUUCUUCUCCCCCUCUACCUCGCCCCCCCCCCCCCGGCUUGCUGCUGUGCAGGGCUGCAAAUGGGGCCAUGGCCCUGCCCCUCCACAAAACUGCUGGGUAGUGGCCAUGGUUGUAUUGCAGGGAUGAGACUCAUCAAUGAUCAGUAGAUUCAUUGAGAUCAAUGGAGAGAGUAUACCCAUAGUUGUUAUCCCUGAAAGGCCAGGUUUCUCAGGGAUUACAUCCAUGGUGCUCUUCUUCAUUCCCUACAAAGAUAAUGCCAUCUCCCUGAAUUGUGCACAGGAGCAUACCGAUAAGUGUAAAUUUGUCAGUGUGGUGUGGAAUAGUUGAUGGGAUAUUAACACCACCAAGUUCACUAUCCAAAAAGCUAAAGAGCCAAGUUAGGGUAGUCAAUAUGGGGCUCUCCCAAUGUUGUUGGAUUCCAGCUCCCACAAUCCUUGGCCAUGCUGGCUGGGGCUGAGGGGAGUUGGAGUUUGCUGGCCACUCUUGGACUAAAUAAGGUAGCCUGUGUGCUCUCAGCACAUGUUGCCAAGGCUGUAGUGCCUCACCAUACUGCUUUUUAAGCUGAACAGGGGGAGCAAUUUUCAGUUGUGAUAUUGCAGGGAGGGGGCAGCCUGUAAUAUGGGGGUGUGGAAAAUGCACCAUUGUGAAAUCACUGGACUCCAGAAUAAACUGCUAUUACAAAGGGGGAGGGGUGCAUUAAAAAUCCGCUGAUGUGAACAAUUUCUUAGUUCUUCAAAAAGCUCAGAAAAUAGUGAUGUAAAAUGAAAGUCACAACUAUGAUUCAUCUUAAAUUCCAGUUUUUGCCCAGACUGGGACUAAUGGGGAAGGGUAUGCAAAUAGUUGACACUGUGUAAUAAUUCUAUGCAUCAUGUUUUAACUGUGAACUUAUUAAAGGAAGCGUGUGGCCUUCAUUGGGUAUUUUGAGACUUUUGCAAUGAUCACUGAAGGGUGGAUAUCAUGCAAUGUGUAAACCAAGCAAAGUUAUGGUGUGGUUUUGCUUCUGCCAUUAGCUCAUGAUUUAUUUUGUCCAAAAUUAUACAUCUAUAUAUAAUAUAAUAAUAAUGCACACGAAAGCUCAUACCAAUAGCAAACUUAGUUGGUCUCUAAGGUGCUACUGAAAGGAAUUUUUAUUAUUAUUAUUUUGUUUUGACUACGGCAGACCAACACGGCUACCUACCUAUAUCUAUGUAUAGUGAGGUGAUUAUUUGCACCCUCAAUUUCUGUUUAUUUAUCCUUCUCCCAUAUGCACAUAAAUAGAAUAAACACCCAUCUGGUGGACCCCUCCUGUAACUCAGGAUAUUGUAUAGAGAAGUCAGUGACUGGUAGCCAGACAAAUAGGAUCUGCAACAAAAUGUUGCAGUGUAGUGUCAGGGUGUCAGCAUGCCAUGCCAUCUCCCUUAUUUUCUCCUUUUCACCUCUCAACGCAGAGUCCACCUUCCAUGUCCCCGAUCAUGCUUGGUUCUUGGUGGACUGUUCUUCAGAUUCCUGCUUUAAAAAUAUAAUAAUAAAAACUUUAUUUGGGUGUACUUCCGCAGACUUUGGUGCUCCCCCAAGUCUGCUGAAUCUCUUUGCAGGGAGUCAUGGUAUUUUGGCUACAUAUGGGCCCACACUUGUUGAAUGCACUUGGUAUUAAUCCUUGAGAUAAUUAUAGCUAGAAGUUAUUUCCAGGUUAAAAGGGCCACUGAUUAUCACUUGCUGGGGAGCAACAUUGCCUCAUUCUCCUGUGGACUUCAUGGGGUAUCUGAUUGGCCACUGUAGGUCCCAGAAAGCUGAACUAGAUAGGACUUGAACUGCUCAAGCAUUGCUUGCCCUUAUGGUCUUUGAAUGUAGAGGGGUAGGCUCCAGGCUGGUAAAGUGUAGAAAAUUCUGUUCCAAAAAGUCAUGAUUAAAAUAUUGUGUGUUGGUAUGUCAGUCAUGACGCUUCUUCCAGUCAUCCUUGCCCAUCAUACUUUGCCAAUUCUCCAACCCACCUGAGUUGCAACUCCUGCUGAGAAGCAACAGGCAGCUUUGUCUGAGGACAGAUAUUUCUAUUGCAACUCUGCAUUGAUUGGCUCAUUUUGCUACAUCCAGGACAGAGAUGUGGUUAAAUGCACCUUUGCAGUGGAAUGUUGAUUUGUAAGGGGUCAGGCCUGAAGUACUGUCUCUUCCAGAGUUUCUGAAGGCAGCCUCCUCUGUGGAUUGAUCAUUUGGGCUCACAUAAUUUCUCCCAUUGCACAAGUGUGUCCUGGUGCAGGGUUUGGAAAUUAUACCUGAGUGAAUAUUCCAGGGUUUUUUCCCAAGGAGGAAAGAGGAAAUAAAAGAAAUAGGUGGUGGCAGGUGUUCUUCUUUGGAUUGUCUAGCAAGACACUUCAUAAAUUGCUGCAAAGUACACGACAGCAACUCUGAAGCUUCAGUGCCCUGUUUUCUUAGACUGCAUCCACACUGGACAUUUCCAGCACAUGACUUCCCCCAAUGAGACCAAGGAAGUGGCCAUGUGCUUUUAAUGGAUGGAGUGUAUGCAACCUUAGUUUGGUAUAAUGGCCUUCAGCCUUCCCAGUUCCAAAGCCCACAUUUAGUACAACAUGGGGCCUGUUUUGCUGUUUCUUUCUCUAUAUCUUGACCUGGCCUUGGGCAAGCUUCUCUUUCUGUCACCUAAUCUGCCCCUUGUUGCGUGCUGAGCCUCGAGAUUGUAACUAGCUUUGAAGCAUACCAGGAAGGAAGUCUAAAUAAACAGAACUACCAAGAGUGAAGCACGUACAGCUGGUUUAUUUUGUUCCUCCCAGUUACUAAGCUUGCAGUCCCUCUUCUGUUGCAAGGACACAAGUGUGCAAUAAACAUUUUAACAAAGAGUUAUUACAACCCUCUUAGAGAUCUUGAAAUGUUGUGAUUGACUAUAAGGCUAAAACUACAAGAUAAUAGUCACGUGGGGUUUUUUUUUUCUUGUAAAACUCCCUUUAAAAAAAAACGGCUGCCCAGGCUGCAAUCUCUAAUGCAAGGUUGGUGUGUGUAGGGGGUGGUUUUGGACAGUUUUCCACCUCCAGAGCAACUUCUCUGACUGCUGUUUGGCCCCAUGGGAGGGAGAAUGUUUUCUCUAUGGGGUCAGAAGGGGUUGCUGUUGCAAGUAAGUUGUUCAGUUUUGGUGUGCCACAAGGAAAGUAAAUAAGAUGGUGGGAAUGAGACACCAAUGGGCCUGUGGGAACCCUGCUUUAAAAACCUUGAAGUAAGACAAUACAAGAGAAAACAACUCUGUUUUUAUGUAGCACUGAGCGGCAUAACAUAGUAUUAGCUUUGCCAAGGGAGUUCCUGCACAAACAUGACUGGUUACAUAAGCCUAAAUGUUUCUCUGUCACAGGUUAGCGGCAGCAGGACAAACAAGGGGAGGAGAAAAAUUAUUAAGGGGGAAGACAAGUAGAAAAGGGGGCAGUUUUCCAUGGCUCUUUUGAGCUUUCCCAUGUAGCUGCUGCAGCAGGGAGCCUUUUCUACUCAUGGGGGUUUCUUGCGUGAUCAAGGACCUUGGAAGAUGGUUGUCCUUAAUUGCAUGGGAAGCCUUCAUGACUGAACAUGGAGAAGCAAGACGUGGUGCCCGAGGGAGGGGCGGUCCUACAGAAUUUUUCUACUUAUGUUUCCCAACUGACUUCGAUAUAAAUGACUUUGAUAUAACGUCCUUCCAGCAUCCAAAUUCCAUAGACCUUCAGAUUGGCUAACCCCCCCCCCAAUAAAUAAAUCAGCGAGGAGUACCAUUGGUGGACUGCAUCAUUUCAUUUGUACAAACAGUUCACUUCUUACCUUUACAUGCUUUUUCAUCUUGUAUGUUUAGCAGUUGAUUUCUUGUAAAGCAGACACUGAUGAUUAGCAAACAUUACUCUGCUCCUUUCUUUCCUUUCUGCAGCCAUGGUCUACAGAAGAUCUUCUCAUGUCGGGGAAUUGCAAUUGCUGUUGAUCACUUUUGGAAACGUGGCCACAGAAAGAUCACUGUGUUUGUCCCACAGUGGCGAACAAGGAGAGAUUCUAACAUUACAGGUAAAAGAUCUAAUGGGGUUGUGCUUGCUUUGGAGUUUCACAAUUCCCAUCUCCUGUAUUCAAUUUUUAUUUACAAAAUGACACUACUGGAAGUAAGCUGGUACCUAGUAAACAAUUUGGAUUUGUUUAAUUUUAUAUAUAAAAUAAAAAGGGGCACAGGUGGCGCUGUGGGUUAAACCACAGAGCCCAGGGCUUGCCGAUCAGAAGGUCGGCGGUUCGAAUCCCCGCGGUGGGGUGAGCUCCCAUUGUUCGGUCCCUGCUGCUGCCAACCUAGCAGUUUGAAAGCACAGUGCAAGUAGAUAAAUAUGUACUGCUCCGGCGGGAAGGUAAACGGCGUUUCCAUGUGCUGCUCUGGUUCGCCAAAAGUGGCUUAGUCAUGCUGGCCACAUGACCCCGAAGCUGUCUGCGGACAAACGCCGGCUCCCUCAGCCUAUAGAGCGAGAUGAGUGCGCAACCCCAGAGUCGGUCACGACUGGACCUAAUGGUCAGGGGUCCCUUUACCUUUUAUAUAUAAAAUGGCACAUUUUCCUAACAUUCUGUCCUAUAUGAGCAUGACCAAAAAACUGGAUUCUGGGGAGGUUGUACAAAUGAAUGAAUGGGGCUAUACCAUUUUAGUGAGGAGCUCCAAGGGCUUGCUGUUCUUUCAGCCUCUUUUCCUUCCUUCCUUCCUUCCUUCCUUCCUUCCUUCCUUCCUUCCUUCCUCUCUCUCUCUCUCUCCCUCCCCUCCCCUCCCCUCCCCUCCCUCCCCAUCCCCAACUCAGGGAUAACAAAACAGACCUUUGUAAAAGUUAGUACAAUGGGCACUCUUUGAAUGCUCUGAUUCACUUGAUAUAAUAGUACAUUGCAAUAGUUACUUUUCUGCCAAAAUAAAAUCCUGCACAAAACAUCUGUUCUUUCUAAACUCAGUUCUUUUCAAUGUGUUCUUUUUUAUUUUCGUUUUAAUAGAACAGCAUUUCUUAACCCAGCUCCAGGAUGUUGGUAUUUUGGCACUCACCCCUGCAAGGGUUGUAUUUGGAGCCAGGAUUGCAUCUCAUGAUGACAGGUAAAAAGAGUUUGUGUACCUGAUGGACAGUUAUGCGACUCCUAGUUCUUCUCAAGAGGAGCCAUUUAUUGAGUUGGGAAAUGGGAUACGCAUCUGUUUUGUCCUGUUAACAUAUUAUUCUGUGUUGCUUUUAAGAUAGCAUACCUUUGUGAGAUGUGUUCCACUUAAUAUAAGUCUCCAGGUUCUGAAUGUGAAUGUAUGAAGAAGCUAUUCUAGGGACUUCUUCAUACUAAGAGUGGGCUCUGCCACUGAGCUGUGGUCCCUUCUUCAAUCCACUUGACCAUCUCACAGUUUUUUUACCUCUUUUUCCUGCAUAUGCAGACCAAGCUGAAGUGUUGAACAGCCACACGUCAUUCAUGCACAUAUGAUUCAGCUCAUCGUCAAGGGAAAAGUGUAGACUUGCCCAGUGUGGUGUAGUGGUUAAGAGCGGUAGUCUCCUAAUCUGGGGAACCGGGUUCGCGUCUCCGCUCCUCCACAUGCAGCUGCUGGGUGACCUUGGGCCAGUCACACUUCCUUGAAGUCUCUCAGCCCCACUCACCUCAUAGAGUGUUUGUUGUGGGGGAGGAAGGGAAAGGAGAAUGUUAGCCGCUUUGAGACUCCUUAAAGGGAGUGAAAGGCGGGAUAUCAAAUCCAAACUCUUCUUCUUCUUGUUGUUGUUCUACAGACUAAGCACUGUCCCUGUGUGUGUCCAGUUCUAAGUUGGUACAAAAUGUUGCUGAUCACCCUCUUUAUUUUAUUUUUUUAAUGAUGCAUUUGCAUUAUUUAGAAACCUUUUCUGGAACACAUUCAUUGUUAUCUUGCCUUAAUUUAAGAAUUAAUAACCAAUUUAAUUAUAAACCUAUAGCCCAAGUUUCCUAAUGGAUGUAAUGCCUGGAACAGGAUCCAAAGACCUACUUUGCAUAUCGUUUAGUCCCAAGCCUUCUGUGAAACAACAGAUGUGUGGUUUUUUUGUAUGCUGGCCAGCUCAGAUUUAGGCAUCCCCAGAACAAUAUAUGGUCUGCAGCACUAUAAUAAUAAUAGCAGUAGUAAUAAUAUCAUCAUCCUCAUUUCCCAUCCAGGCCCUGACUAAACCCAGACCUGUUUUGCUUUAGUAAGGUGGCCAAAUCAUCAGCCACCUAGGAAGCACAGCAGCUGCUUUCCUGUGCAACUUCCAGCGGGUCACAAAACCAGGAUUACUCAAUCCACAGUAACACAUGGCUGCUUUGUUGCCCAGAAACUUAUUCAGUUCAAGGAUGCUGAUUCUCCCAACAAAUGUUGUUGUAGGUUUUUGCUACAUCUCGCUGAAAAGACUGGAGGAGUUAUUGUCACCAAUGAUAAUCUCAGAGAAUUUGUGGAUGAGUCCACAUCCUGGAGGGAGAUUAUUCAAAAGAGGUAAUGUGUUAAUUUUGUUCAGUUACAAACAUGUGCAGUGGGCAGGUAGACAAGUGGUCGGUUACAAUAUUUAGUUGGGGGGGGGCUGAUAAAAGUUGUUUUGGCUUAAUCACUUAAUUUAGAUAAAAGUUGUUUUGGCUUAAUCACUUAAUUUAGAUAGUCUUAUUGAUUUUGCCAGAGAUGGGGAACCUUGUAGCCCUAUAGUUGUUCUUGGGCUCCAGACUUCUAACACCCAUUAUCCUCAGCAAGCACGGUCAGUGGUCAGGGGUGAUGGGAGUUGUAGUGUGACCACACCCUGAGAACUACAGGUUCCCUGCUCCCGUUUUAUGUUGAGGUGAUUGGUGUUCCCUAUCCGAUUCUGCAUCUUUCUUUCUCAGGUUUGUUUUUGGAUUUGGGGCACAGGGCAAUUGAAUUGCCAAUCAGCUCUCUGCCAUGGCUGGAACAUGAAUUCCCUGGUGGCAAAACCCCAUCAGCACACAUUCACCAGCUUUAUAACCUGAGAGAGCUCAUACUUAGUGAGCCACCUCCAGAUAGAGCAGAGGGAAGCUUGGCCAUCAUGUGUCCCCAGCGUCUCACAGGCAAACUCCUGAAAUCACUCUGUUGAAACUUCUCGUGGAUUUUUAGAUUCUGAGACUGUGAAUGGCAUCAUUACCAUAUAUCUUUGCAAUACAAUGUGGAACAGGUGAUUGGGAAAGGACCCAAUUCAACAAAGCAGUGUUUGAACUAAAGCUCUCCUAGGAUUAGAACUGCAGUGGAUUUCUGUGAGGCUGGAUUCCGCCCGCUGAAUUUGUGCUGCCCACAAGCAUAGAAGUUCAGUAGUAAAGUGCACAUGUUGUAUGAAGAACGUCCCAGGCUCAAUCCCCUGUGUGUCUCUACAGUUAAAAGGAUCUUUGAUACUAUAGCUGGGGAAGACCUCUGCUCAGGAUCCUGGAGAAUUGCUGCCAGUUAGAGUAUAGCAGCCUUCCCCAACUUGGUGCCCUCCAGAUGUUGUUAGGCUACAACUCCCAUCAUCCUUAUUAGCCAUAGUGGCUAGGGCUUAUGUGCUUGGAUUCCGGUUGUCUGGAGAGCAUCAGAUUAGGGAAGGGUAAAGAAUGGAGGACUAGUUAAACCUAUGGUCUCAUCAGGUUUAGGACUGUUUCAUGAUUUGAUAGUGUCCUGCCAGAGAGCCCUCCCCGCAGAGAACACCAGCUGUAUGUUUGUAUAGUGUGUGAAUGUUGAGAUUACUUCUGUCUAUAAAUCUGAAUGUUGCUUUCCUUCCUGCUACUUUUCCUCACUGCCUGUUUUGGUGUUGCAGGCUGCUGCCGUACACUUUUGUUGGAGACUUCUUCAUGGUUCCUGAUGAUCCUCUGGGACGAAAUGGACCAGGAAUAGAACGUUUCCUUCAGGAGGAAACCCGUUUCAGGUAGAGUACCCUGUGGGGCUUAAGGGAAAACAGAUGCCACCAUUGAAUCAAAGCCCUUCGUGUGACUGAGAAGGUCAUGAGAUGUAAAUCACACCACAUAAGACCUUAGAUAGGAAGAAGCAGUGGUUUUGCAGGAGGAAUUGCUUGUCGUCAGUUACCACAGCUAUCUCUGUGUGGUGAUGCCAAGUACAUUUGUAUAACAUUGGAUUGUAACAUCAAGAAAAGGAAGGCAAGUGUUCUGGUAACAUCCUUUGAUGUUAGAUUGUGGUGUGUCACAUGACGACAUUGGACACACUGCAGAUGGAGCUGUGAUGCACUUUCAUGAAUAGCUGGUCUGCUGCAUCAGCUGUUAGAAGAUCUGCUGCUUGCUUGCGAUGGGCACAUGCUUUGUUACCUGUGUCCGGUCUGCAUCUGGGAGGGGCUCAGUUCUUUGUCCUUUAUCAUGUAAAGCUUUAUUGUGCUUUAUUGUGUUUAAAGGUCAGGUAAAAAUGACUUGCAUAAAAUGUUGAAUACAUAAGCAAAGCAAGGUCUAAUCUGAACUGCUGUUUCUAUGCUAUGGCACUUCAAGGUUAGAAAGUUCUGUAAUUGUAUUGGUGACUUGUAAAAGUCCCAUCAAAUGCAGAGGAAUAUUUUAUUAUGAUUAAAUGUGUGCAUCUUCCCUUAUCACCAGCCAUAUCAAGAUUAUUAUUAUUAUUAUUAUUUUAAAUGACAAAUGUGGAAAGAGACAACUUGAAAUGUCAAAUCAGUGUUACUUUCUACUGAAAGCAAAAUAAAUUACUCUGUCAUCCAGAGUUCUUUAACAAAUUUAAACCUUAAAUCAGGCUUCCUCAACCUCGGCCCUCCAGAUGUUUUGAGACUACAAUUCUCAUCAUCCCUGAUCACUGGUCCUGUUAGCUAGGGAUGAUGGGAGUUGUAGUCCCAAAACAUCUGGAGGGCCGAGUUUGCCUAUGCCUGUUUUAGAACAUCUUUCUUUUUAGACCCCAUGGAAACAUGGGAGAUGGUUGUUCUCUUGCCUUCCUAGUUUUAAAUGUUGUUUUUGUUCUCCAGAGGUGUUCCACCCCAACAUGGCCAUGGAAGUGGCGGCCCACCUCCUUUUGGGACAUCGCAUUUCCUGAUGCCAACUGAUGGUAGUGGACAGUUGCCAAAGAGCCCGUUACCUGGUGCCGUACCUGCUUUGACUAUGUUUCCACCAGCACCUCAUGCUAACCCAGCCCUCCCCCCGCAUCCAAGAUCUACUGCAGAAACAAUCCACUUAAGAGAAGCCUUGAGAAAAAUCUUCCCUACGUCCGAGCAGAGGGAGAAGAUAGAAGAGAUACUUGCCCAGCAUCCCCACAUGAGGGACAUGAAUGCCCUGUCUGCAAUGGUGCUUGAUUUGGGCUGAUGCACACAACCGCAAAGCUUUGGAUUCUGCAGUUUGGAUUGUUAAUGUAAAGAUGCAUACGAGCUGGUGUUAGGCCAUCUGUGAAUAGUCAAAACUUAAUCCUUUUGUAUAAAAAAAUUGUUAAUAUUUGGAUGAUUCACUGAUCCCCCUUUUUUAUUCAUCUAAGUUAUGUUGCUUUUACAAAAUUGUAUUGAUGCAUUUUUUUAAAAAAAAGAAAACAAGUCUUUAUUUCUGACUGGCUUGAAAAUUGUUUACAAAACUUCAAGUUAUUUGGGAAAUAAGUAGAUCUGACAGCAGAUCUAAGUUCUGCUUAAAAUUGAAUUCAUAUUUGCAGGUUUCUUAAUGGGCAUUAUUUCUUCUCUCAUUGCCUGAUUUAAUAGACAGAGGUGAAUUUUCAGUGAGCAAAUUAUGGCCAUUUCAUAUAUCCUGGUCAUGCAAGUGCUGGAGGUCUCCAUCUUAAGGCAAAAUACUUUCUUGACUACUGCAUGCAAGCCCUUGGCUUGCUAUUGGCUGAAUUUUUACAAUAUCACACAGUCCAAAUACAGGCUAAUGGGGGUAGCUGUGCCAAUGAAGCUUUUGGAGAAUGCUCAGGAAGAACAUGUUAGAAUUUUGUCACUUCCUGAAAACCAUUGUAGUCCAAUUUAGUUUGCUAGCUUUUAUUACAAUAUGUGUUGUUUCUCAGUUUGGAAAAAAAACAUUGGAAGAAAACAUUUCUUCCCAACUUCUUAUAGUGGGCAAUAAAAACAAAUUGUUUUAUGGCAUUACCACUUGAUAUCAAUGAAGUUGUUGUAGAGCAUUUGUACCGGUAGGAAGCUUUUGAAGGUGGCUCUGCUCAAGCCGAGUGCUCCUCCUCCCUUUGUGAGAAGCUACAAGGUGCUUCAACGCUUGGGUUCACAUAGUACCAUUUGAACACUGAUUUAGUGUGUUUGGGGUACAAUAUGCAACCACAUCUUUGGCUUGAUCUGAGAGAAUAUAUCUGUGACCUCACGGCUGGAAAAGCGGGGAAAGAAAGUCAUGUGUACAACCACCUUAGAAUGGGCCCUCACUGAAAAAGCAGGGCAUCUACAGCAGGGUUGGGGAACCUGCCUUUAAAAUAUAUCUCAGCAUCUUUCAUAGAAUGGGUAGUUGUGCACACAUGCUUCCAGUAGUAGAAGCAUGUUUAGGAAUGCAAGGAGCAAAGUAAACUUGGAGUGGCGCCAACUUUGCCUUGCACUGUUAAAGAGCACCACCUCUUAACAAUUCAACUUAAGGGAGAGGAAGGAAGAUGGCACGAGUAAUUGUCAAGGGAACAGUUCCCUUGCUCCCCCACCCCAUUUUAGCACACCAACAGUUGUCAAACAAGCCUCUUGACAAGUGUUCUUGGCUUUGUAGGAAUUCCCCUCCGCUUGAAAGAAUGAUAAACCGGUCUGUUUAACCAC